AUGUCCCAAUCUGCUGCAUUUGCUGGCUUGUGGUCGUCCCUUCCGACACCAUUAACGCCAUGGGUUCUGGACGUUAUACAAUCGAUGGGGCAUACCCAAAUGACGCCAGUUCAAGCUUCCACAAUCCCGCUAUUUAUGCAACACAAGGACGUGGUAGUCGAGGCUGUGACAGGUUCUGGCAAGACCCUAGCGUUUGUUAUCCCCAUUCUGGAGCGUCUUAUCAGAAGGGAUGCUAGUCUCAGAAGAAACGAGGUCGGCGCGCUGGUCAUCAGUCCUACUAGAGAGCUUGCAACUCAGAUCCAUUCUGUGUUUUCUCUCUUCCUGAAUGCUCAACCCGAUAACAGUGCAGCAAAGGAGACUGAAGACGGGAAAGGAUCGUCGCCACCCCAAGCAGACACUGAACACUCAGGAGCAGGAUUUCCUCCACCCCUUCUACUUGUUUCGUCGGAUAAAUCUUCCCCAGCUCAGGAUAUACAACGGUUUCUUUCUACUGGUGCCGACAUCAUCAUCGGGACACCUGGGCGUAUGGAAGAAUUUCUGAUAGGAAAAGGGAAAACUAUUGUCAGCGUCAAGGAGUUAGAAGUGUUGGUAUUGGAUGAGGCAGACCGUUUGCUGGACCUGGGCUUUCAAGCUGCUCUGACUCGCAUUAUUACUCAUAUUCCGAAACAGAGGAGAACUGGACUUUUCAGUGCAACGAUGACGGACGCUGACGCACUUUCUGAAUUGGUUCGCGUUGGUUUACGAAACCCUGCUCGCAUUGUUGUCAAAGUGCAAUCAAAGAGAACGAAGGGAACGAAAUCAGGAACCUUACAAGAAACUCAAGUUAUCGAGGAAAGACGAAUACCUGCAGGACUUCAAAACUUCUACAUCAGCUGUCUCCCGUCCGAAAAGCUGGUUCAACUGACGCACAUCAUCAAGCAGGAGUCGUCAACUCAUCACGCACCACACUUCAUUGUGUACUUCGCAACUUGCGCAUGCGUUGAUUAUUUUUAUCGCAUUUUAUCGACGCUGUUACCAUCAAAUGUCCAACUACAUUCCCUCCACGGACACCUUCCUCCCGCAGCUCGAACACGUGCUCUCUCAGCCUUUUCUUCAACUCUGUCGUUGUCCUCUUCCCCUUCAGUGCUUCUUGCUACAGACGUCGCUGCUAGAGGUCUCGAUAUUCCUCAUGUUGAUGUCGUCAUUCAGUUUGACCCUCCAUCUGACUCAAAGGCAUUUUCCCAUCGUUGCGGUCGGACGGCUAGAGCUGGAAGGAGUGGGAAAGCAUACGCGCUCUUGGUAGGAAGAGAAAUCGAGUAUAUCGAUUUCUUAUCCGUUCGAAAAAUUCCAAUCAAGCAGCAUCCAUACAUACGGGAAGAUGGAAGCACAGUAUUGGACACGGAUUGUGAAGAUGAUGCUGUCAAUACCUUCACGUCCAAAAUCCGACGAACCGUAAUGACAGAUCGUGCACUGCAUGACAAGGCUGUGAAGGCUUUUGUCUCCUUCGUUCGUGCAUAUUCGAAGCACGAGGCUUCCUACAUCUUCCGAAUCAAAGACCUAGACUUGAUAGGUCUGUUGCGGCUGCCACGGAUGCCCGAACUGAAAGAUCGCGAUAAGUCAAAAUGGGAAGAUGCAGAACUUGACUGGACUUCAUAUUCUUACGCGGACAAGGCGCAGGAAACCAAACGAAUCGAAGAAGGUUCAAAGAAAGAGGCACCGAAACACGAGUCCGAGACUCGAGCUGCUAAGCGCAAGCGUAAUGCUGCUUGGAGUCAGCAAGUUGAUAAUAAAGAAGAGAAAGACAAUCGCCGGACGAAAAAGGCGAGGAAAAGGCAAUGGCUUAAAAGCCAAAUGGUUGGUAGUGGCGACUCAAAAGGUGCCCUCCAAACGGACAAAGCCGGGCCGGAGAGCAGUGGCGAAGAUGAUUGGGACGAACUUGCACGAGAAGAACGAUUAGCCAAGAAACUGCGAAGGGGAGCUGUCUCGCAGAAAGAAUUUGAUGAGGAGUUCGGUGACUUGUGA